UCUGGGUAAGAUUGCACUUCCCCUUGAGAAAUUAAAGAAUACUAACUCGUAAACAAGACGUUGUGGACUCCAGUAUAAGGAAGAUAACAAUGAGUUGCUCUUUUAACCAGACAUAUGAUAAUUCUCCGCUAAAUAAAACGUUAACAACCAUCGCAGGAUCCCUGUCAKUAUUGGGAACGACUUUUAUUUUUGUAACAUUCUUUCUAUGUCGUGAUCUUCGUACCAGCUCCAGAAAGAUUCUCGUUUACAUUUCGAUUGGUGAUUUUCUUACUGCGUUGGUCAACGUUUCAGGAAUUUGGAAAACCAAUCCAAGCACCUUCUGCGAUGCACAAGCUACUAUUAACAUUGCUGCGAUUUUAUCGUCUUUCUUCUGGACGGUUCAUUUGUCUGUUUUUCUUUAUUUGGUUCUCUGCGUUGGAAUACGAAGUGAAACUGAACGAAGAGCGAUGAUCGUGUUUCACCUAACAGCUUGGGGAAUACCAUUACUCGUGGCUGCUUUAGCACUUGGAUUCAAAGCCGUUGGACAAACCAAAGAUGAAACCUCAGAUGGAUGGUGUUGGAUUGAUACUAAAAUCAAAAGUUGGCAUUGGUUGUUGUUUUGGAUGGUUUUUGCAGGAAAGGGUUGGGAAAUCUURUCCUAUUUUGCUAUAUCAAUUUUCUAUAUCAAAGUAAAAUGGUUUUUGAAGCAUCAGUAUAAUGGUGAUGAUGAAGUAUAUGUUCUCUUGCAGGGCAUUGGUGACAGCAGCCAAGGCUUUGCCAACUUCAUAAUCUUUUGCAUCUUCACAGAGAAGUUUCRAACAAAAUUGAGAUUCUUGUUUCACAAAAUAUGCCCUGGAUGUGUUGGUAAACCAAACCUUKUGUCAACACAUCAAGUGGGCUAUGAGAGCACUAACAUUCUUACAGAUCAAAGCUAUGAGAAAUAAAUAGACUCUCACAGUAUAGGCAUAAUGUUUUCCCAUUUCAGAUCACUUGUCAUUCUCUUGAAAAUAAGAUUCUUUCUUUAAAGUGCAUAUGACAUGAAAAAAUCUUAAUGUUAAAAAUGUGUA